GUGACUAAAUAAACGAUGCAGAGGAGAGAGCAAAUAUCAGAGGUGAGAGGAGAGAGAAAGAAGUGAGUAACUUCCAGAGACAUAUGAAAGCGUCAAUUGCAGGGAAAAGAGAAGAGAGACAGAGGAGACAGAAUUACAGAGAAAGAGUGAAGGCUAUGAUGUCUCAAGCGAUCCCUGAGAAAGCAACCACUAUGGAGGCGAGCUCUGAGAAAGCAAUCACUACGGAAGAGAGCUCGGACAAAGCAGCAAUCAUGCAUUCUGAAGCCGUUGCUGAAUCCGUUGCUGCGAGUGUUUUGGAGGACUGGUCCAAUAUCAGAGAUGAUGCCAUCAUCCAACAGCAAAAUGCGAUCAUAGCUGAAGAAGCAGAGAAAAUGCCAUUUGUGGGUGACAAGGAGGCUCUUUCUGCACUAGCAGCUGAAUAUGAAUCUGGAAGCUCCAUAUUGAAGGAGAAGAUCAAGAUUCUUGAGGAGAAGUAUGCUGCAAUCAGGCGUACGCGAGGAGAUGGGAAUUGUUUCUUUCGGUGCUUUUUGUUUGCAUAUCUGGAGCAUGUCUUGGAAUCUCAAGACAAAACUGAGGUUGCUCACAUGCUAAAUAAAGUUGAGGAAUGCAAGGCAACACUUCUGGGAUUGGGUUACUUGGAGUUCACGUUUGAGGAUUUUGUAUUAUCAUUCACAGAUCUGCUGGAAGGUGUUAUCCAAGGGACAGAAGCGUCCAUCAGUUAUGAUGAGCUCUUGGAUAGAAGCCGCAAUGCAUCAAUUUCCAAUUAUGUUGUCAUGUUCUUCAGAUUUGUGACAUCUGCUGAAAUAAAGAAGCGAGCUGACUUCUUUGAGCCUUUCAUCAUGGGUUUAAGCAAUGUAACAGUAGAGAAGUUCUGUCAGUCAUCCGUGGAGCCAAUGGGAGAAGAGAGUGACCAUGUGCAGAUCAUUGCUUUGUCAGAUGCGUUGGGUGUGCCUAUUCGUGUUGUAUACCUGGACAACAGUUCCAAUGGCCCUUCGAAACUUGAUGUGAACCACCAUGAUUUCAUCCCUUCAUCCACUGGAAGCAGCAGCCCCAAUGUCACUAUGCUUUAUCGGCCUGGCCACUAUGACAUCCUCUACCCAAAAUGAAUUUUAUGUGCUGCUUUCUCAAGGUUCGAAAAAGAAUGAAGCCUAAGGCUUGCUUAACUGUUUCACACAGAAUCGUUUGGAGGUAAGAGUGGCGUUCAUCGCCGGAAACAAUGAUUUCCAAUUCAUUGAUGUGCUUGAGAACUGUUAUGUACAAGAGAUAAUGUGAAUCAAUGAUCAUUGGGUGAUAAGUUCAGCAAAGCAACACUGGGUUCUUGAAGGCAUUGAGUUUGGGUAGAUGUUUCCUUGAUUGAUGAAUCCUUACUUUAUCAUUUUAACCAUCAUUAAACAAAUCUUCACUAUGCAUAGCUUUUUUAAUUGGUAA